AUGGCAAGUAUUCGGUCUAUCAUUUCAUCAAGAUUGUCUCAUUCCAUCUCAAAGGUGAUUCCAGGGUUGAGAACAAAGGCGAUUGUUAACCCUGAGCAUCAGGCUAAUUGGCAUUAUUCCUCCCCAUCAGCUAUCCAGAUCUUUAAUCAGAACAAGAAGAAAUCAGGUGUCCUUCCAGAUUCAUUAGAUUCAUGCCAUAAAAUAGCAACUGAAAUCUCAGCUGAUUUGAUGAAUGAUAACAAUGUGUUUGAAAAAGUGGAGUUAGCCCAAUUAGGUAGGGGACCUUCAGAGAAAUCUCCUUUCUUUAUGAACUUCUUUUUGAAAACAUCCUGAAUUGAAGAAGUUAUUAAGAAAACAAUUGCCGAAGAAGUGUCAUUUAGCACAGAACCUUCUAAAAUUUUAAUUGAUUUUUCAUCUCCAAACAUUGCCAAGAAUAUGCACGUUGGGCAUCUAAGAUCUACCAUUAUUGGGGAUAGCAUUUCAAGAGUACUUGAAUUCACUGGAAAUGAUGUUCAAAGAAUUAAUCACAUAGGAGACUGGGGGACUCAAUUUGGUAUGCUAAUCACACAUCUCGAUUCUGCGUUCCCUAAUUAUCUCGAUGAAGUUCCCUCAAUCGAUGAUCUCCAGUCUUUCUACCAAGAAGCUAAAAGAAAGUUUGACCAAGAUCCAAAGUUCCAAGAAAGAGCAAGAAGAGCAGUUGUAAAUCUCCAAAAAGGAGAGCAAAAGGAAAUUUCUGCUUGGAAAGUGAUCUGAAAGAUCUCUAAAGUUCAAUAUGACAAUAUCUACAAAAGACUGGAUAUCAAGAUCAAAGAUGUUGGAGAAUCCUUCUAUAAUGACAUGAUCCCUUCAAUUAUUUCAGAUCUUGAGAGAAAGAAGAUCAUUGUUGAAAGCGAUGGAUGAAAAUGAAUUUUUGUGAAGAAUGAUGAAAUUCCUCUUAUUAUAAGAAAGUCUGAUGGGGGCUAUACUUAUGAUUCAACAGAUUUAGCAGCGAUAAAUUAUAGGUUCAACCAACUUGGAGUUGAUAAGAUCAUAUAUUUAACUGAUAUUGGACAAAGGGAUCACUUCACAAAAAUCUUUAAGGCAGCUCAUAUGAGUGGAAUUUAUGAUCCCAAAGUUCAGACAGCUACUCAUUUAGGCCUAGGUUUGAUGAGAGGAGAUGAUGGAGGUAAAAUCAAAUCUAGAUCUGGGGAGAGUGUCAAAUUAAAUGAAUUACUUGAUGAAGCCACUUUUCGAGCUAAAGAAAUUCUUCUGGAAAGACAGAAUUUACCAAAUACUCAUAAUGAUCUUGAAAAAGUUGAUAUAAAUGAUAUUGCUGAGAAGAUAGCUAUGAACAGUAUAAAAUAUUUUGAUUUGAAACAAUCUAGAGCUUCUUCUUACAAAUUCUCAUAUGACAGAAUGCUUGAUACCAAAGGUAAUACUGGAGUCUACAUUACUUACAUGUACGCUAGAAUAUGCUCAAUUAUCAGAAGAUGCUAUCCAAAAGACUCAAACUUAGAAGACUCAGUUUCUAGAAUAAGAGAAGAAUUUCUAUUGUCACCAUCUUUACUAAGUUUGCAAACACCUGAAGAAAUAUCUCUUUGUCUUGCAAUAGCUAGGUUUUAUGAAAGUAUUGAAGAUACAUUGAUAGAUUACCAGCUUAGCAAAAUUUGAGAUAAUCUUUAUAACAUUAGUGUCAAAUUUGCUGAAUUUUACCAAACGAAUAAAGUUUUGAAUCAUGAAAACCAGACCUCCCGACUGAUUAUCCUCCUCGCAGCGAAGCUUACAAUGGAAAGACAGAUGGAAUUACUUGGAAUGAAAUCCAUUGAGAAUAUUUAA